GAAGAGGCGGGACCUUCAAUUCGCUGUACCGUCGUUGUUCAUUCAACAUGGCAGCGGGACCAAUAUCAGAAAGAAACCAAGAUGCCACCGUGUAUGUGGGUGGCCUGGAUGAGAAGGUGUCUGAGCCUUUACUGUGGGAGCUUUUCCUUCAGGCGGGUCCCGUGGUCAACACACACAUGCCCAAAGACAGAGUCACGGGUCAACACCAAGGCUAUGGGUUUGUGGAGUUUCUAAGUGAAGAAGAUGCUGACUAUGCUAUAAAAAUCAUGAACAUGAUAAAGCUCUAUGGGAAACCUAUACGAGUUAACAAAGCCUCAGCACACAAUAAAAACCUGGAUGUUGGAGCAAAUAUCUUCAUCGGUAACCUGGAUCCCGAGAUUGAUGAGAAACUGCUCUACGACACAUUCAGUGCUUUCGGUGUGAUCCUUCAGACUCCGAAAAUCAUGCGGGACCCAGACACAGGCAACUCCAAGGGUUACGCUUUCAUCAACUUUGCCAGCUUUGAUGCUUCAGAUGCUGCCAUUGAAGCUAUGAACGGCCAGUAUCUCUGUAACAGACCAAUCACAGUUUCCUACGCCUUCAAGAAAGAUUCAAAGGGGGAACGUCACGGGUCUGCAGCAGAGAGGCUCCUGGCCGCGCAGAACCCUCUGUCCCAGGCAGACCGGCCUCACCAGCUUUUCGCAGAUGCCCCACCACCUCCUUCUGUCCCAACACCUGUCCUGACUACGCUUGGUGCUGGGAUGGGUAUGCCUGGUAUGCCUCCUUCUUUCCCCCCUGUUCCUCCUCCAGGGUCAUUACCUCCAGCGAUGCCCACGAUGGGGAUCCCUCCAAAUGCAGCAGCACAGGCGGGCGGUGCCCCUCCACAUUAUCCUCCUGCUGGCAUGCAUCCAGGGAUGCCUCAGAUGCCAAUGCAUCCUCCGGCCCCUCCUGGUAUGGUACCUCCACCUCCGGCACCCCCUGGAUCAAGUCAGCCCCGAGCUCCACCUCCUCCCAGCAUGCCUCCUCCCCCGAUGGGCGUGCCACCCCGAGCAUAUGGACCCCCCAUGGUGCCGGCGAUGAGAGGACCCCCACCCCCUAUGCCUCCCCAUGGGUACGCCGCUGGUCCACCUCGGCCUCCACCAUUCGGGUUCCAGAGGGGUCCACCUAUGCCGCCUAGACCGCCCACCGGUCCCCCCAUGAGAGCUCCAAUGCCACCAUAAUCCUUCAAAAAAUACAUUCACAUUUUAAUUUUUUUUAAACACACAAACACCUUAAGGCUUCUGUUUUCUAAUCGUGAAUAAUUUAAAUGUUUGUAUUUCUGGUCACUGUACAGAUGAUGGAUGUUUGGAGAAUAAAACUUUUAGUACAAAA